GUUACUAUGUCCUCACCAUCUUAACCCUUAUUCCCUACUAUGACCCACGAGAAUGUAUUGAAUAAUGAAGACAAAGACAGAAAACCUUCAGUCCUCAACAAGAUUGCAGAUGGGUACCAUGAUGGGAAAUACGAAGCAGAGAACGAAGAACGAGCAAGAGCGGCAGCAAAAAUCCAGAAGGUUUGGAGACAACAGAAUGGUCGUGCUCGAUUACAGAAAGAAUACCUUUCGCCUGAGCUGAGGUGGAAGGUAUUUGCUUGAUCCCACUACCUAGAGUCAAUGUCUGACAAGUUCCUGAAAUACACAGGAUGCCGCGGAACAUGCCAUACUGAAAGUAAAGCAUCGCGAUUAGCAAUCUCACUUGCCUCUAAACCAAUCCACAGGUGCAUAGGACCAGUGCUGAUGCAGGUAAAAACUCAGCGAAAGAACGAUGGAAUCGUGGCGCGUUCUUUGCCAACAAGAUACGAGAUGGAAACAUCGUUAUGAACAAGCCAGGCGUGAAUAUCACGGAUUCUUUGCCUGUCCAGAAACACCUGGAAACACAACACUGGCUGGAACUCAUUGAUUCGAAGCAUCGUUAUGGGUCAAAUCGACUAAAUUACCUUGUGAAGAUUGAUGAUACCGGAAAACUACGCUGGGCACGAAAUAAUGAAUUGGUAGAUACUACCGCAGGACGCUGGAAAGAUUCUGGGAAUGGCAGUGGGAUUGUACCAGAGGACAUGCCAGCUCGGCCUGUGCAACGAAGAGGGAGCUUUGAACCUGUCGUUUCUCCCUCCUCCAGCGUCCACUCGGAUGCUGUCAUGCACUACCUCGGACCACCAAAAGGCAAAACAAGGUGGUCUAAGGCAUUCUAUCGAUAUUUUACAGUCCGUGGAGUUACCAACCGACUUUUACGAACAACAUUGAAAAGAAAUACAUGGUUAUAUGCCAGUGUAAGUCAUGGCAUCAAUGUACUUGUAUUUUGCUUAUGAUGGAAUGAUUCAUACGUUAUCCCCUUUGUCUGGCCAUUAUCGCAUUUCCAUCGUUUUAUAGAUGAACUCACUGAGCGUGGCGUGGAUAUGAGUAAGGUGAAAAUAAGCAAAGCUGAAGCUGCUCUUUGGGGG